AUGUAAAAUUGCCACCGACGACGGCCUGAACCUGACAACAUCAUAUGAGUUCUGUAUCCAAGCCGGUGGUUAUAUAUUCGACGUUAUCUCUCGCAGGUUUCAGCUCAUUUCCGUUCAUCAUCCAACUCCCAUCAGUCACCAUCAUCGCACAUAGCCAGCCCGUUCAACAUGUUCUUCAACACCUUCGCCGCCGCAGCCUCGCUCCUCCUUGGAGUGUCAACCGCCUUGCCGCAGGCAACGGAAGGACCUCUUGCGCCUGAUGCCAAGUUCACACUGAUGUCCCUCCGAUCCGGCAGCGAGAUUCACUAUGCCAGCUUCGAAGCCGCCAAGAGCAGCAUCUUCCUGAAGCUGCCCAGCCAGAACGCGUCUUGCGACGCUGGUCCGGCCGAAGCCGCCACGUUCUUCCUCCAAGACGGCGGCCUCUACCUAUACGCCGAAUCCGCCACGCCUCAGCAGCUAUUCGCCGACCGUUCCGGCAUGGGCCAGGGCAAGCUCGGCUACACUACUGGCGCGGAGCCCGCUCCCCAAAACGCGGAGAGAACUGGUUUCCAGCUCGACGCGAACAACGACCUGACUCUGGGUGGUGCUAGCUUCAUUGCCUGCCCCAACAGCAUCGACGGCGCCUGGAGUGUGUGGGUUUCUGCCGGUGUCGAACAGCCCGCCGGCAACUCGGGAUGCGUCGGUAUUUCCGCUCGUGCCGUCAACGCCGCCAACCCGAAUGGAUGCCUCUACACGGCGUAAUGAGUUGGAUGACGGAAUCUAUGCUUUUGUAAUUACGACUUCACCCUGGGCCCCGUACAUGGGGCUGCAUUAACCUUCGAAAUGUUGCUGGCGUCGCGACCAGUCCAUGGAUAUUACC